UUUCAUUCUUGCAGGGGAGAGAGGGAGGGAGCUGAGAGGCUCGGUUUGUGCAGCAGGGCUCAUUUGAGGGGAGCGACUGCAGCUCGAGCAGACACAUACUUAGGCUCUGACAUCAGUCCAGAUAGGAGGACACUCCUCAUCUGAAGAGAUCUGGAUCCAUCCAUUCGGACUGGGCUGCUUCCUCGGCUUGUUCUCAUGGACAACGAGGAGCUGAGGAUCUAAAGUUUGAGUGACUCCAGACUGAUCCCAGUCAUUUACACGCUGCAUCAAGGCUGUCUGCGCUCAUUACAGCGGUGUUAUUCUGCAGGAGGAGAGGGAGUGAGCUUUCUACUGGAGGAUGGUGCUGGACAAGGAGGAGAGUGUGUCCGUCGUGUCCCUCCAGUCCAGAGAGAAGCCCAGAGGCUGUGCUGGCUGUAAUGGGAAAAUCCGGGACCGCUUCAUGCUGCAGGCUCUGGACAGGUUCUGGCAUGAGGACUGUUUGAAGUGUGCCUGCUGUGACUGCCGCCUGGGCCGGGUGGGAUCCACCCUCUACACCCGGGCCAACCUCAUCCUCUGUCGCAGAGAUUACCUGAGGCUCUUUGGGGUGACGGGGAACUGUGCAGCCUGCAGUAAGCUGAUCCCUGCCUUUGAGAUGGUGAUGAGAGCCAGAGACAACGUCUACCAUUUAGACUGCUUUGCCUGUCAGCUCUGCCGUCAGAGAUUUUGCGUGGGAGACAAGUUUUUCCUCAAGAAUAAUAUGAUCCUGUGCCAGCUGGACUAUGAAGGAGGCCAUUUUAAUGGAAGCACUGAGAGGCAGCCACAAUAAGAGAGCCACCUGCACAUCCAGAGAAGGAUCACGACAGGCUAGCUGGACCAUGAAACUCCUAACAGCACGCGCCUCAUCCGCUUCUUACUCAGAACUGAACUCUGCUGAGUUAAAGAAAAAAAAAGCAAAACAAAAAGAAAAGAUUGGACACAUUAGCUUCAGCCCAUGUCUGAACUCUCUCUGCUACAGAGUAGCAUGGGUUGUUCCCUCCACUGAAACACUGAGCUUGUGAUCAACCAGGAAGAGGAACCGAAGGACUGCCUGGUGAAACCAUCAGGAGUGUGUGAUGUGGAAUCUGACCAGAAACAGAGCUAAAUAGUUCUGUUGUGAAACAUUCUCUGGAGUCUGUUUCAGCUAACAUGAUACGGUUUGUAGAUGAUGUGAAGUCAAACGGUGCAAACCCGGAAUCAACUGGCUCAUCUGCUGCAGUAGCAGCAUCCUCCGUCACUGUCAGGUCUUUAAAGGGGCUUCGGAGUAGGCUCCCACCCAGCUGGCCUGACAAAACAUUUACAAAUGUGGUUUUCCUUUACUAACACACACACACACACACACACGCACGCGCGCGCACACACACACACACGCACACACACACACACAGGAAUAAGACCCCACCACGCUCCCAGUGACCUGGAUGUGAUAAACUUGGACAACCUGCUUUACAGAUACUUAAUGACCUUUUACAGUGAAAUCAUGAAUUUAAUCACCAGUAACAUAACAUUUAGAUUAUAACGUGUUUUUUUUUUGUUUUAACAUUUUUGCUAGUUAAUGAUGCUGAAAUCACAAUUCCCUUCUGUAGAAACAUCCAGAAAGUUCAAAAAUAACAGAACAUGUAGGAUGAAACAUUUGAAUCAGCGUGUGCAACUUUACAGUGGACAGUGUUGAACUAGUAGCAUAAUAAUAAUAAUAAUAAUAAUAAUAAUAAUCUGAAACCACCGUUCCUCAACUGAAAGUGGUGAAGUUAAAGCUCUGGGUCACAGGAGAGGUCCUUCCCUAUAGGGGAGUGAAGGAAGCAGGAGAUGGACAGGUGGAUCGGGGCAGGGUCUGUGGUCUAUGGUGGUUCGGGUGUUUGGUGAGAAUGCCUCCUGGAUGCCUCUCAGGGGAGGUGUUUCAGACUUGUCCUGCUGGCAGGAGGCCUCCGGGCUACCUCCAUCACCCAGACCUGGACAAGCAGGGUUGGCGAGCUACAAGGUGCAAUGCAAAAACCAUGCAAUAUUUUAACAGUAAGAAGAAAGGAAAGUAUUUGGUAAAAGGCGUGAGGGUCUGGGCUCUCAUUUACCUGAAAUUAAAAUAAAUCAAUUAGUGAAUGACUAAAACUAUCAAAAUAAAAGCAUGAUGCAGAUAUUGUGAUGGAGACAUGAGGCCAGCUUGAUGGUGCGUGGGUCCCAUGUCAUGGAUGUAUGGCUCCACCCAACCAGCUGUUACCAUGGUAAUAAACCACCAUCCGCCCACUGACCCUUACCCCAUCAUAUCUCAUGGGAGGCCCACAGCAUUCUUAGUCUGAGGAUCUUUCUAGACUUUGCAAGGCCGUGCACCGUUUAGGCUGGUUUGUCACAGUCUCACAACAUCUUCCAUCCCUGCUCUGCUGCACACACCUUACUUCUUUACUGUUUGAGUGUUUCUUAUUUCUGACCUGAGAUGUUCUCAACCAUCAAUCAGAAGGAUCCAUGGCCUCCAGGUCUUGAAUGACAUUAUUGUAAAAGAUGAAGAAUAAAACCUAAAACGGGUUUUUCUCAGUUCUGCGUUGAUGUCUCUGGCUUCGUUUUCACUCUAACGGCUUUGAUUUGGGUUCUAAUUCAGAUUAGCAUUGAAUAAAGUGACUACAGUUCUGAAGAUGAAAUUCCAGCCUUGCUGUUAUGGUUCAUUCUCAAAGCAUACAGAUCUCAUCUCAUCAUUUAUUUAUUUCCAACAUGCCAAUAACAUCACAAUUAACAACAGAAUAUAAAUCAAUAAUAAACCUCACAAGAUAAAUGAAUAAUAAAUCAAGUUGACAUUGUAGGCAUGUUCGAAAGGGAGUGGGCGGAAGCCAAGCGUAUUCAAGCCCACCCCUGUUUUUCACUAAUAGUUUAACCUUCAAUGUGUAGAAAAAACUCUAAUUCAACAACCUUAUGACCAAGAAAAUCAUAACAAUAAUAAUAAUGGUAGUCUAGACAAUUUAACAAUUCUUGUCAAUAUCAUUAUAUAUAUAUUCCCAUACACCUUUACUCACAUCAUCGCCCAUUCUCAUGUGUGAUGUAAUUUAACCAAACUGUUCUUCUGUAGCGUGCUUUAAAAAUCUGAAUAAUUUGACAUUGUUUGUGAUCAGUCUUUAAGUUAUUCCAUAUUUUUAUCCCACACACAGACACUCAAAAGCUUUUACGUGUUGUUCACACCAGUGGUAAUUUAAAUAUUUUAUCUCUCCUUAGGCUACAUGACAGCUCUUUUAUUAUAAAUAGCUUUUGUAAAUUAUUUGGUAGAAGUUUAUUAAAUGCUUUGAAAAGAGUUUGAACUGUUUGAUAUUUAAUUAAAUCCUGUCAUUUUAAUAAUUUUGAUUGUAAAAAAAAGUUGAUUUGUGUGUUCUAAGAAUCCAACCUUAUUUAUGAUACGGACCGCUCUUUGUUGUAAUAUAUAAAGAGGCUGUAAGGAGCAUUGAUAAUUACUCCCCCAUACCUCAGCGCCAUAAGUAAAAUAAGGAAGAACUAAGGAGCAAUACAAUACACGAAGUGUGUUGCAAUCAAUAAAUGACUUGGCU